AUGUCCGAGAUGUCAGAAUUCAGUUAUCUGUCUACUCCUCGUAUUACACCCUAUAAGUAUAGAACAAUCAUUCAAGUCUUCAACGACACAUCCACGUCAUAUCCGGAUAAAGAAAUUCUUAUUCACCGAGGAAUUGACGGGACCCGGGAAAGUUUGACCUACCGCCAACUUCAAACCGAGGCAACAAAAUUAGCACGCUAUCUUGUCAGCAAGGGAAUCUGUAAGGGGGAUAAAGUUGCUCUCUUUGGGCCGAACACUCUGGAAUGGGUGAUCGCAGAAUUGGCGAUAAUCAUGGCUGGUGGUGUCGUUGUUCACGUGACCCUAAGUAUCACCGACGUUAGAGACUUAUGGGAAAUAUUUUCAACUGCUGAAUGCAAGGCUUUUCUGAUAGACCCUGGAAAAGGAGAAAAAUAUUUGGAUAUGAUUUUUCAGCUUAUUGCACUCUUUCGUCGACGCCGCCCAUCAAGAGAUUACAAAGAUGUAAAUUCAAAUGAUCCAACGUUGGUGUUUCUCCGUAGGAGCGAACACCUGACUUCCUAUGAAGAUCUCCCAGGGGUAUUACAAAUGAAGGAGGCCGCUGUUGAGUUUCCACCACUUUACCCCGAAGAUGAAAUCAUGAUUUUCACUACUUCUGGAAGCACAGGGAAACCCAAAAUGGUCUCUCACACACAUUUCGAUGUUAACAACGUUGAUCUUGGGCCGGAAAGACCAAAAGCUAUGAUACUGGCUGGGAAAAUGUAUAACGAUCGACCCUUUGCAUGGGGAGCUGGAUCUCCGAUCCUAGCAGUUUGUAAAGGAGAAAGUAGAGUAUUCUGCGAUUCCUCGAUCGCCAUUGAUCAUGAAGGACGCAGUGCUAUGAAGAUCUGGGAGGUAAUCAAAGAAGAGAAAUGCACAUCAGCGCUUCUUAUGCCUUACUUUCUUACCGACUUAGUCGCUCAGAAAGAUAACUACAAAGAUUCUUUCAAACUUGAGGUGACUAUUACUACGGGCCAACCUAUUGACGAUAGUCACACGAAGGUAAUUGGAGUGUUUACCAAGAUCCUGGUUGUCGGAUAUGGAUCAACGGAGGCUUCCAUGAUAUCCAUACUUCCGCCUAUUGCUACUUCCGGCAAAAUCAAUGUUGGUGACGUGGGCAAACCGAUUCCAGGCACAGAGGUCAAGGUCGUCGAUGAAGAUGGAAAUGUUAUGAAAAAAUGUGACACCGGGGAACUUUGCAUACGAAGUAGAUAUCUUUUUAAUGGAUAUUACAAGGACAAGGAGUUGAAUGAUGAAGUGUUUUUGCCCGGGAAAUGGUUCCGUUCCGGCGACACUGGCCAUAUAAAUGAUCAGAAUCAUAUUGUAAUAGAGGGGCGAAUCAAGGAUGUUAUUUCUAGAGGCACACGGAAGAUCAUGCCAUGCGCAGUGGAGGAAGUCAUUAUGCAGAUGAAUGGCAUAAGACACGUGGUGGUGAUUGGGGUGCCCGAUAAGCGUUUGUACGAAGAAAUUUGUGUUUGCUACGUCACAGAGCCAGGUCAUGACCUUGCACCAUCUGAUGUCAAACAGUUCUGCAAGGAAAACUUUACUGGGUGCGAAUCCAUUGAUGGUCUUGGAGAAAUGCCAACAUAUUUUCUUCGAUUCUGUAGUCUGCCGAUGUUUGAUGUCGGAAAAAUUAACAAAAGGCGUGUGAGAACUGAUGCUAUUCAGCAACUAAAAAACCAAGGCCUGAUGUAAAAUAUUAAUCAAAUUGAAAGACUAAUGGAAAUGUGCAUACUUAAACUAAACUAACGGAACUAUUCUUGUUUUUGUGCGGAAUUGUUAUGUGAAUUAUAUACAAAAUAAAUAUACCUAGCCCUGCAUGUCCG